GUUUGAUGAUGAUGGAUGGUGUUUGUAAAGAAGAUCUCUGUGCCCGCGUAAAUUUAGUGGGAAGCCCAAGAACAAACCAAAUUGGGACUCUGAUUUUAUCGAUUCCAAAAGGUCCCAUCAUGCCAGCUGCUUCUUACUCCCAAUUCUCUCUCUUUCUCUCUCCCUUCCUUUACUCAUCAUCCCUCUCUUUCACUGCCUCUCGUCUCUUCCAACUCUGAUGUCACCACCGACUAUAAAUUUAUCCCUUCGAUUCUUUUCGUUUAGGGCGGGUGUGUGGAAGGAGCUGUGUUUCUUUUCUGCCGAUGAUAAUCGGACUGAUUGAAUGAAUGUCUGACCACAAAUCAGGCUCCAUGACCGACCAGCUCUCCAAGCAGACUUCUAUUUUUGGCCUACGCUUGUGGGUUGUUCUUGGGGUUUGUGUAGGAGCAGCUUUUGUGCUCUUUCUGUUUCUUAUUUCUCUUUGGAUCGCCUCUAAACGCUCUCGCAAGAACAUUUCUCACAAACCCACAAUUCCAAUCGUCUCCAAAGAAAUCCAAGAGAUCAGAAUCGAGCAGCCCCUCGCUCAAAACCAAGAAAAUAAGCCUAGUAGUAGAGCCCAUUUUCAGGUCGAGCCGGAAGUAAUCCCCGGAGUUGAGCGCCAAGCGUUGCUUUCGUUGCCUCAGGACGAAGAGCGAGUGAACAGGAUUCAUAUUGAGAUCGGGAAGGAUCAUAGGAUUUCAUAUCCUGAGCGCCUAGGUCGGUCGUCUUCUUCGCACGGCAGUGUAGAAGGCCGAUGUGGUGGUGAUCAGUUGCCUAUGGUGGUGCCUGAAGUUUCCCAUUUGGGUUGGGGGCAUUGGUACACUCUCAGAGAGCUCGAAGCUUCCACUAACGGCUUCGCCCCCGAUAAUGUAAUCGGUGAGGGUGGGUAUGGAAUUGUUUAUCAUGGCAUAUUGGAGGAUGGAACUCAGGUUGCUGUUAAGAAUUUACUAAACAAUAGGGGACAAGCCGAGAAGGAGUUUAAAGUUGAAGUUGAAGCAAUUGGACGAGUCAGACACAAGAACCUAGUUAGAUUACUUGGAUACUGUGCUGAAGGUGCUCACAGGAUGCUUGUAUAUGAGUACAUAAAUAAUGGAAACUUGGAACAAUGGCUUCAUGGGGAUGUGGGAUCUUUCAGCCCUCUUACCUGGGAGAUUAGAAUGAAUAUCAUUCUUGGAACCGCUAAAGGGCUAGCUUAUCUUCACGAAGGAUUGGAACCAAAGGUUGUUCACCGGGAUAUCAAAUCAAGCAAUAUAUUACUCGAUAAGCAAUGGAAUUCCAAGGUUUCAGAUUUUGGGCUUGCAAAGCUACUAUGCUCUGAUAAUAGCUAUAUCACAACUCGAGUCAUGGGAACAUUUGGCUAUGUAGCGCCAGAAUAUGCAAGUACGGGGAUGCUAAAUGAAAGAAGUGAUGUGUAUAGUUUUGGAAUACUCGUCAUGGAAAUAAUCUCAGGGAGGAACCCUGUCGAUUAUGGUCGUCCUCCAGAUGAGGUACACUUGAUCGAUUGGCUUAAGAGAUUGGUUAGUAACCGUAACCCGGAGGGCGUAUUGGAUCCAAAGCUUUCUGAAAAGCCUACUUCAAGAGCUUUAAAGCGGGCUCUUCUUGUUGCAUUACGCUGUGUGGACCCAAAUGCUCAGAAGCGGCCAAAAAUGGGACACAUUAUUCAUAUGCUUGAAGCUGAAGAGGCUACCUUAAAAGGGGAUCGCAAAACUGGAAAGAACCCAGAGAACUCACAUUCAGACAAUGUCAAGGAUGGAUUAAGUGAAAGGCAGGCGACAGAAUUAGGUGAAACCAACGUGGAUGAACAACGAGAUACGUGAAUAAUUUCAGCACAAGUAGCAGUCAACUUUUCCAGCUUGGGACACACCCGAAUAGUCAUUCGCAGCUAUUACGCCGGGUCCUCCAUUUAGAAGCUGCCCUACGCGGCCACAACAAUGUCAAUCACAAUAUGUAUAGUUCAUUUUUGCUGUCAAUAGGCUUCUAUUGCCGGUCCUCAUACCAGUGAAGAUAAAAUCAAUUCAUGUCUCUGUCAAGGCCCCUCCGAAGACGGUCUUCGGGAAUGAGGUAUAUUAUUAUUUUCUUACAUUGUUCGUUCCAUUCCCUCACUGUUCAAUAUCAUACAUUUGAAAAUAAUAGGAAAAAGGUUCAACUAGAGCAUCCACACCCUAUUCAUAAACAUUAAUUUCAAUUUAUUGCUUAUAAAGUUGUAUCCAGUUUGUCAACAAUGUACGCUUAUGUAAACGGUUUCCUGAUUGGGCCUAAUAAAUUAUGGGGUCCCUUUUGUUCCAUGUACCA